GAUUUAAUGAAUACAAUAGAUAUGUUAAUAGAAACCUUUUAUUGGAAGUCUAUCUGUAAAACUAUAUGGAAAGAGAAUACAGAUUUAUUUGAUGAAAUUAUUGAUUGGAUUCAUUCAGAAUCAGUUGUAUUCAAUGCCAUUAUACACAGUAAUAAUAAUAAAAUACCAUCAUCUGAAAAAAUAAUUCAAGUAAUUUAUUUUCUUAAAGAAAAUAAUUUUUGGCGUUCUAAUCCAUAUUCACUUAUGAUUAAUAAUAAUAAUAAUAAUAAUAAUAAUAAUAAUAAUAAUAAUAAUAAUAAUAAUAAUAAUAGAAAUAAUAAUAAAAUUGUUGUUAAGCCAAAUAAUCAAUUAUAUAUGAAAUAUAUAAAAGAUUUAUGGGAAAAUAAUAAAUAA